AUGGCGGCGCCUAUAACGACCGUAUCCGACUCGAAAGAGCGCCAGGGGCUCAAUCUCAUCGCCGCGCACUCUCACAUUCACGGCCUCGGCGUCACGCCAGACACUCUUACACCAAAACCUGCAGCAGAUGGCUUAGUCGGGCAGUUGCAGGCGCGAAAGGCCGCCAGCGUCAUAUUACAGAUGGUGAAGGAGGGCAAAAUCGCAGGACGAGCUGUGCUGAUCUCUGGACCGCCGAGCACUGGAAAGACAGCCAUUGCGAUAGGCAUGAGCAAAGGCUUAGGAGAAGAUGUACCAUUCACGAUGUUGGCUUCGUCGGAGAUUUUCAGCCUCGAGAUGAGCAAGACAGAAGCAUUGGAGCAAGCAUUCAGAAAAUCCAUCGGAGUGCGGAUACGGGAAGAGAGCGAGGUCAUUGAGGGAGAGGUAGUAGAGAUCCAGAUUGACAGAUCUGUGACUGGGAACAACAAGAGUGGGAAGCUCACGCUGAAAACGACGGACAUGGAAACACUGUACGACAUGGGCACUCGGAUGAUCGACAGCAUGACGAAGGAGAAGGUGAUGGCCGGAGACAUCAUCAGCAUCGACAAGGCCAGCGGCAGGAUCACAAAGUUGGGACGAAGCUACACGAGGAGUCGAGAUUACGAUUCCGUGGGCGCAGACGCGAAAUUCAUACAGUGCCCUGACGGCGAGCUGCAAGUCCGACGAGAGACGGUACACACAGUUUCCUUGCACGAGAUCGAUGUGAUUAACAGCCGCACACAAGGAUUCCUGGCCCUGUUCUCUGGUGAUACCGGGGAGAUUCGAUCGGAGGUCAGGGAGCAGAUCAAUACCAAGGUCGCAGAGUGGAAGGAAGAGGGCAAGGCGGAGAUCGUGCCUGGCGUGCUUUUCAUCGACGAAGUGCACAUGCUGGACAUUGAAUGCUUCAGCUUCAUCAAUCGAGCACUUGAAGACGAGCUGGCUCCCAUUGUCAUCAUGGCAUCCAACCGUGGCUCAACGACUAUUCGAGGUACCAGCUAUAAGAGUCCGCAUGGCUUGCCUUUGGACUUUCUGGACCGCGUGGUCAUUAUCUCUACACAACCGUACCAGUGUGAUGAGAUCCAGCAAAUCCUGUCCCUACGUGCCCAAGAAGAGGAGCUUGAUGUGUCGCCAGACGCACUGGCUCUCUUGACCAAGAUCGGUUUGGAGACAGGUCUGCGGUAUGCCAGCAACCUCAUCACGACAUCUCAUCUACUGUCUCAAAAGCGGAGAGCCAAGGAGGUCGAAAUUGGGGACGUGCAGCGGUCGUUCCAGCUGUUCUACGAUCCGACCAGGAGUGUGCGAUUUGUAUCAGAAUUCGAGAGAAGGUUCAUUGGCGAAGAUGGCGGCGUGACAUUAGGAGCGGGUACAAAUGGUGUUACCAAUGGGGACGCUAUGGAGACCUGA